AUGGAAAGGAUGAACCUGAGCCAAGGUAUGGAGUUUGAGCUCUUGGGCCUGACGAGUGACCCCCAGCUCCAGAGGCUGCUCUUCGUGAUAUUUCUGGGCAUGUACUUUGUCACUGUGCUUGGGAACCUGGUCAUGUUCCUCCUAAUCCACGUGAGUGUCACUCUGCAUACACCCAUGUACACCCUCCUCAAGAGCCUUUCCUUCUUAGACUUCUGCUACUCCUCCACGGUUGUCCCCCAGGCCCUGGUGAACUUCUUGGUUAGGAGGAAGGUGAUCUCUUAUCUUGGCUGCAUGGCUCAGAUGUUCUUCUAUGCGGGUUUUGCCACCAGUGAGUGCUAUCUCAUUGCCGCCAUGGCCUAUGACCGCUACGCCGCUAUUCAUAACCCCCUGCUCUACCCAACCAUCAUGUCUCCGGAGGUCUGUGCGUCUCUGGUUGUGGACUCCUGUAGUGCAGGAUUUCUCAAUUCUCUCAUCCACACGAGCUGUAUCUUCAGUCUGAAAUUCUGUGGGGCUCAUGUGGUCACUCACUUCUUCUGUGAUGGACCGCCAAUCCUGUCCUUGUCCUGUGUGGACACUUCGCUGUGUGAAGUCCUGCUCUUUGUUUUUGCGGGUUUCAACCUUCUGAGCUGCACUCUCACCAUCUUGAUCUCCUACACCUUAAUCCUCGUCACCAUCCUGCGAAUGAACUCAGCCCAAGGCAGACGGAAGGCGUUUUCCACCUGCACUUCCCACCUCACUGCUGUGUGCUUAUUUUUUGGCACAACACUUUUUAUGUACCUGCGCCCUAGGUCCAGCUACUCCUUGACUCAGGACCGCACAGUUGCUGUGAUCUAUACAGUGGUGAUCCCAAUGCUGAACCCUUUAAUCUACUCUUCGAGAAACAAGGAUGUGAAGGACGCUCUAAGGAAGGUUUGGGGCUGGAAAACAGUGGGGUGA